AUGCAUCUGCGCUCCACCUUCUCAGAGACCCCUGCGUCCCAUUCCCUGUCCCAGCAGCACCUCCUUCUUCCCUCUCUUUCCCUUCUUUCAGAUAGAAUAAAAGAUGAUGCAAUCAGAAAGGAACGACCCUACAAGAUCUUUUUCAAAGAUCUCUUCCUUUUCAAAGAAAAUGAGGUGGCCGCGAAGCAAAAGGAAAGACUCAUGAGCCGCAACAUGAAAAUCCACCAGAAGUCGACGUUUUCAUCUCGCAUGAAGAGCCGCUCGCACCUCAGCCAGCUGACGUUCUACGCAGAAGGAGGCGGCGGCUCCUACGAAGACCUGGGGCUAGACCCCACUCUUAUUCUCAGACUGACAGAAGGCGCAGACAGAAAGAGGACUGUGCACGAGUUUAUUAAUGACCAGAGAGACAGAUUUCUACUGGAGUACGCAGUGUCAACCAAGAAAAACACAAUUCAAAGGUUUGAAAAGCUCAUGGUCAUGAAGGAAAAUCAACUCAGGAAAGCCGAGAAAAAGCUCCAAGCUGACGCCAUAGCCUUUGAAGAGUUCCUCCGUGAAAAUGACCAGAGAUCUGUGGACGCUCUUAAAAUGGCAGCACAAGAAACAAUAAACAAACUCCAGAUGACAACGGAGCUCAAGAAAGCAAGCAUGGAAGUCCAGGGAAUAAAGAGUGAAAUAGCGAAAACCGAAUUCCUCCUCAAGGAGUACAUGAAGUACGGGUUCUUCCUGCUGAAGCUGUCCCCGAAACAUUGGCAAGCACAGCAAUCACAGAAAAGAGCUCAGGCGUCAAAGAGUAACCCCAUUCUCCCAAGAAUCUUGGAAAAAUUCUCAUUAAGUUCAAGUAAAAGAGAUAGCGCCGACUCGGACAGGCUGUCUCUCUCCGAUGAGCACGGUACAGGAAGAACGAGCCAAGGAGGGCAACAUGGUCAAGCCCCACUCGGCCACUUCCAACGAAAGAGCUCCGUUUUCUCUAUGGAUGAACGCAUAGGCUCGGAGGACAGUCUGGAGUUCUUUCUAGAGGACGAGACACUGGAGUUCGAUCUGAUGCCGGAGAUCUACUUCAAGGAGCCAGAAGAGUUGCUCCAGGUCCUCACCGAGCUGGAGGAACAGAAUCUCACCUUGGUCCAAUAUUCCCAGGAUGUGGAUGAGAAUCUCGAAGAUGUCAACAAAAGAGAGAGGUUUAUACAGGAUAAGAUAAACAACAACAUUGCGUUCCUGCUGGAGCACAAGAAGGUGCUCAAGACCAAUUGUGAGCGAGAAGAGGAAAAGGCAGCGGAACUGGAGCUGAGGUCCAGGCUCUUCAGUUACGGAGAAUUCAAUUCGGAUACUCAGAAGUGUGCAAUCCUGGGGCACGAACGUACAUGGAAAACGAUUUACUUUGUCGAGAAGUUUAUUGAGUCCCUCUGGAUAAAGGAUGCUAUCUUUCCUCUCCCGAGUUACGUUAUCUACCAGCUCAAGAGACUGCAACUUCAAGUAAAAGAGCGCAGUGGCGAGGAAAGGCUGAUAGACUCGCUUAGUAAAAAGAUUAAUCAAGUCUACAGAGUCUGCAUCGGAGAUGCUGAGGUCGGCAGCCUGAAUGCAGUUCAAAAGCUGGUCAAAGUCGAGUCUCGCCUGGUGGAGCUGAGUGACCUCAUCGAAUCUAUUCCCAAAGAAAAUGUAGAAGCCAUUGAAAGGAUCAAACAGAAGGAGAGACGGCAAAAGCUGCGUGAAGAGAAGAUGAGAGAAAAGCAAAGACACCAGGAGGAGCGGCUAAGAGCUGCUCUGGAGAGAGCAGUAGCACAGCCCAAGAAGAAGCUGGGAAGACGGCUGAUCUACCGUUCGAAACCUCGAUCUGAUAGUAAACAGGAGUUACUUUUAAUUGGAGAUACAAGAACAAAAACACAGGAGGAAGAGUAUUUUUUUAGUUGAACAGGAGCAUGAAGACAUUUAAUUAGCAAAUGUUUUAUAUGAUGUUGGCGUUCAGUGAUGCAAGGCUGAAGUUUACAGGAGUAGGCAUGGCAACUGCUUUCUGCCAAGCCACUACUCAGUGCCAUCAUCCAUGAGCUAAGAAAUACUGUACUUUAGGUUGUCCCCUUUGGAGACACAUCCAAAGGACUUCAUUGAUAGAAUUAUAGUAAGAAUGACCUCCCUCAAAGCAUGAGAAUUUUAGUCAUAUUUUCUAAAGCAAUAAGGAAGUUCAUUGCUACGAAUAUACAAUUCUGAAAACUGGACAGGCUUAAAACGUACAAACUAUAGACUAUGGCCUCAGCUCAUGAGACUGGUUAUUUCACAGUUAGCUCUGAAAACUUUAAGUGAACAAACCACACACCUUUAGCUUGAAUGUCAGUUUGUAGUAUGCUCUAUCUCCAUAAUUAUUUCAAUUUUCAUGUUUUGACUUAGCUACAAUAUGUACAUUAGUCUAUAUUGAUAUAUAAUUUAUUAAUACAUUUAAUACAAUAAAUAUAAAUAUUAAGGAAAUGUUUAACUUUAAGCAUGUUAAAGUGGUUUGAAAACCUUAAACGACACAGCUA